AUGUCCGGUAUUCUAAUCUCGCUCGACCCUGACCUCGCGCUGCUAUUUCUGCGAACCUUCUGGAAGACGAUGCGACGGGAAUGGGGAGGAAUCGACUACCAUCGCCUGGAUAAAUUCUAUAUGCUCGUCCGCCUGGUCAUGCGAAACAUUCUCGAGUAUCUGGAGAAACGGGAGUGGGAGGAAGAGGUGGUUUCGGAUCUUGCUGCGUGCGUCAUGCAACAGGGGCUUCUUGCUAAGGACAAGUAUCGGGCUAUCGGUCUCGAACUGCAUUUACUGGAUAUUUUCAACGAGCUCUUUAAAAAGUCUGGAGGGGGUGACGUCAGAGUGGUGAAGGCUGUUCUGCAAUUUUCGAAGCCAGUGGUGGGUGUGAUUCAAACGAAGGAGGACGGACGAUUGCACAAGCGGGCACUGAGUUCCGUGUUUUCGGGGCUGGCGGAAUAUCUACGCAACGAAGCGAAGGCAAACGCGAGCGAAGCUUCGUACGUCGCUGCGCUUCAAGAGGCGGCGGCCGAGAUGUCCGCUGAUAUCAAAGCAGCGCACGGCACGGCGAAAGGGAAAAAGAAAAGCAUGCUUCGGAAAGGACAGGCGAUUUUCACGGCGCUGAUAAACGAAUUGUCUGGGAGUGAUCCUGCUGAAGAAGGGGAAAAUGGGGAAGAGGAAGAUGGAGAUGAUAUGCAGGGUUUAGAAGAAGACGGCGCUGCUGGCGGAAAGGACGACCCUGGUGAUGGUGAGGGAGAAGAGAUGGAAGAAGGGGAAGAGGAGGAGGGAGAAGCAGGGGGACAGGGUUCAGGGGAGGGUUCAGGGGACGAGGAGGAUGGGGAAGAGGAGGACGGGGAAGCGGAGGGCGGGGAAGAGGAGGACGGAGAAGAGGAGGAUGGGGAAGAGGAGGACGCGGAAGAGGAGGACGCGGAAGCGGAGGACGCGGAAGCGGAGGAUGGGGAAGAGGAGGAUGGGGAAGAGGAGGACGGGGAAGCUAAUGCGGAGCAGCAGAAUGGCGUGAAGGAGGAAGUUUGUGGUGGGGAGCAUGAUGACGAGAAAGCAGAAGCUGCUGAAGUGAAACUUAGUGAGCAAUCAGGAAAGAAACAGCACGGGGAGAAGCAGCAGGACUCAACCGCCAAGCGCAAGAGGCAGCAGCAGCAGCAGCAGCAGGAGCCACAGCAGGGCAGUGGUCCGGGCAAGAAACGCAAGGGAAAGAAGGAUGCCGUGGCAAAGGGAGCAGAGAGUGCCGAGAGGAAGGAGCAGCAGACGGUGCAGGGACAAGCAGCCGUAGACUCGUCAUCAUCAGCAGCUGCAGACCCUAUCCCCACUGCUGCAACAGCUACCCUACGAUCAGUGCUGGUGCACCCGCAUCUGUCAAUAAACGCCAAGACUGAAGGACCGGGCGGCGGCGGAGCGGCAGACGAAGAGGAAGCAGACGGGUUCCGAACGCCAGAGAAGGACAUCAUAGACGCCUUCUCGCACUUUGAUUUCCCCCAGGAUCUUGCCACAGGUGCUGGGAGCGUGGGUGCUCGGAUCAUGGCUGCAGGCGAAUCCGCCGCUGCUGCUGCCGCAGCAGGAAGCGAGGCAGGAGGUCCGGUGACCCGAUCCAAGGACGGGAGAACAGACGCCGAAGCAGUCGGCGUGCAGUCAGCUCCGGCGGGCAAGGCCGGUGGCGCUGCAGGCAGGCGGAAGAAAAAGGUGAAAUUCGUUCUAAGCCGCAAUCUGGAGAUGGCAAAGGGAGGUCCGGUGCCCCCUCCUGCUGUGCGCACACCACCUGCUUCCCGCCCCAAAGGCAGUGCACUCAAGCCCGGGACUAAGCCGGGGCCAAUCAACAUGCGCAUGCUCAUGGCUACUGCAGACACGAGCCCCUCGCAGAUGACUGCCUCUGGGCGGAAGAAGGUGGAUAAAGCUGCCCGCUCGCCUGCCAAGUCCCCUUCUGCUGUGUCGCUGCGCCUGGUUAAUUUCCUGAAUUGCCCACGCUCUCCCACGUUAACCACACAUCCCCUCGUCGCAAUUGCUAGUAGUAAACAUACCGCGCUUCAGAUCGUCACCCGCGCUCCCCUCAUCACCCUCGUCGACCCACACCGAUCCUCGCCGCCCUCACCUCCCUUGGUCACCGACAUUCCCUCUCGUCGCUCGCACUUCCCCUCAUCACCCGUGCCGACCCUCGCCGCCCUCGCCUCCCCUCGUCGCCCGCACGUCCCGUCGUCGGGCUUGCCUCCCAGUCACUCGCGCUUCCCCUCGUCAUCCGCGUUUUCUUCCGCUCUUCCCCUCUCCCCAUCUCACCAUCUCCAGCCCAUCCUUCCUCCCUCAUUCCUUCCGAAGGGGUGGGACAGAUGGGGAGGAACAGAUGGGGAGAAACAGAGGUGGUCGCUUCCGCCACCACAAUCGAACAGCGUUUUGAUUCCCUCUCUGCUCCCCACCAUCCUCCCCCCAGCUCUCUCCCCGGCAUCUGCCCCCGUUACCCCCAUCCUCUUCCCUGUUUCCCCGUAUCCCCUGCCGUGCUUCCCCCCAUCCUAUCCCCUCUUACCCCGUAUCCCCUGCCCUGCUUCCCCCCAUCCCCUGCCCUGCCUUCCCCCAUCCCCUUCCCUGCUUCCCCCCAUCCCCUUCCCUACUUCCCCCCAUCCCCUUCCCUGCUUCCCCUCAUCCCCUUCCCUGCUUCCCCUCGUCCCCUCCCCUGCUUUCCCCCAUCCCCUUCCCUGCUUCCCUCCAUCCCCUUCCCUGCUUUCCCCCAUCCCCUGCCCUGCUUCCCCCCAUCCCCCUCCCUGCUUCCCCCCAUCCCCUUCCCUGCUUCCCCCCUUCCCUUUCCCUGCUUCACCCCAUCCCCUCCCCUGCUUCCCCCCAUCCCGUCCCGUGCUUCCCCCCAUCCCCUUCCCUGCUUCCCCCCAUCCCCUUCCCUGCUUCACCCCAUCCCCUUCCCUGCUUCCCCCCAUCCCCUUCCCUGCUUCCCCCCAUCCCCUUCCCUGCUUCACCCCAUCCCCUUCCCUGCUUCCCCCCAUCCCCUCCCCUGCUUCCCCCCAUCCCCCUCCCUGUUUCCCCCCAUCCCCUUCCCUUCUUCCCCCCAUCCCCUCCCCUGCUUCCUCCCAUCCCCUUCCCUGCUUCACCCCAUCCCCUUCCCUGCUUCCCCCCAUCCCCUUCCCUGCUUCCCCUAGUCCCCUCCCCUGCUUUCCCCCAUCCCCUUCCCUGCUUCCCUCCAUCCCCUUCCCUGCUUCCCCCCAUCCCCUGCCCUGCUUCCCCCCAUCCCCCUCCCUGCUUCCCCCCAUCCCCUUCCCUGCUUCCCCCCUUCCCUUUCCCUGCUUCACCCCAUCCCCUCCCCUGCUUCCCCGCAUCCCGUCCCGUGCUUCCCCCCAUCCCCUUCCCUGCUUCCCCCCAUCCCCUUCCCUGCUUCACCCCAUCCCCUUCCCUGCUUCCCCCCAUCCCCCUCCCUGUUUCCCCCCAUCCCCUUCCCUUCUUCCCCCCAUCCCCUCCCCUGCUUCCUCCCAUCCCCUUCCCUGCUUCACCCCAUCCCCUUCCCUGCUUCCCCCCAUCCCCUUCCCUGCUUCCCCUCGUCCCCUCCCCUGCUUUCCCCCAUCCCCUUCCCUGCUUCCCUCCAUCCCCUUCCCUGCUUCCCCCCAUCCCCUGCCCUGCUUCCCCCCAUCCCCCUCCCUGCUUCCCCCCAUCCCCUUCCCUGCUUCCCCCCUUCCCUUUCCCUGCUUCACCCCAUCCCCUCCCCUGCUUCCCCGCAUCCCGUCCCGUGCUUCCCCCCAUCCCCUUCCCUGCUUCCCCCCAUCCCCUUCCCUGCUUCACCCCAUCCCCUUCCCUGCUUCCCCCCAUCCCCCUCCCUGUUUCCCCCCAUCCCCUUCCCUUCUUCCCCCCAUCCCCUCCCCUGCUUCCUCCCAUCCCCUUCCCUGCUUCACCCCAUCCCCUCCCCUGCUUCCCCCCAUCCCGUCCCGUGCUUCCCCCCAUCCCCUUCCCUGCUUCCCCCCAUCCCCUUCCCUGCUUCACCCCAUCCCCUUCCCUGCUUCCCCCCAUCCCCUUCCCUGCUUCCCCCCAUCCCCUUCCCUCCUUCCCCCCCUGCUGCCUCCCAUCACUCUCAUUCUCCUUCCUCCCGCACUCACACCUCUCAGUCCUCUUGCACUCUCUCUCUCCGUCCUCUCGCACUCGCACUCUCCUCACCACCACCCUCAGCCCUCCUUCCCCUCACACCCACCCAUGUUCCCACCUGCCCUCCCCAUCCCUGCCUUUCCCUCCCUGCCCUGCCCUUCCCUUCUCCAUCCCUUCUCAAGCCUUCCCUUUCAUGUCAUGCCCUCACCUUCCCCCUCAUCUUCCGCCCUCCAUGGUCAAGCAGAGGAGCAAGAGCAUAGGGCGCAGAGCAUUGGGCGCAGAGCAUGGGGCGCAGAGCAUGGGGCGCAGAGCAUAGGGCGCAGAGCAUUGGGCGCAGAGCAUAGGGCGCAGAGCAUGGGGCGCAGUGCAUAG